ACUCCCUCUUAUCGUUUUCGAAAAUAAAAAUGGCGGACACCGCAGAAGGCAUGAGAGUUCAAGUUUCAAAGCUAUUAAAGGGAAUAGAGAGGUAUAAUCCUGAAAAUUUGCAAACGUUGGAAAAAUAUGUCAACAUUCAAGCCGAGGAAAACACUUACGAUCUGGAAGCUAAUUUAGCUGUCUUAAAACUGUACCAGUUUAACCCUAGUAAUUUUUCGUUACCUAUUUGCUGCACUAUUCUACUCAAAGCUUUGACGAACUUACCCCAUUCGGAUUUCACUUUAUGCAAAUGUCUUAUUCAUCAUGAUAACAUGGCUGACAAGUCAAUAGAGAAGAUUCUUUAUCUGUCGCAGCUUUUGGAGACGUGUGAAUUCAAACAAGUUUGGCCAGAGUUGGAGGAUGUUCAAGAUUUAAUUUCAAGCAUAACUGGAUUCGAAGAUUCUAUUAGGAAAUUCGUCUGCCACGCAGUCAACAUAACAUUUCAAACGAUCCCGAAGCGGGAACUUAGCGAAUUACUAGGCUCUUUAUCCGAUGCUGAUCUAGCUAAAUGGAUUAAAAAGUAUAAUUGGUCAGAACAAGCUGACGGAUAUAUCUCCAUCGGUAGCCAGGAUGAUGUCAUUAAAACUAAGAAUAUAACGGAAAAGAUAACGUUUGAGUCUGUUGCUACCAUAAUGGGACUCAACCAACGUUAA